CCAAUUUUAAUUUAAAUUGCAAUUGGUCGUGUUGCUGUGCUGUCGACUGCGUGCUGAAUUACAAGAAAACACAAUUUUUUCCGGUUAGCUGAUAGUUGUUGCGGUGGAGCUGUGACCAAACGUUGUUCGCUCUUUAUUGUUGACGCCCCCGUGCGAAAGCAGCAAAAAACAGCGAUUGCCAAAUACCGCGGCAACAACAAUAACAACAACAAUUGGAGAACGAAGGAAGACCAACAAGUGCGCACACACACACAUACACACACAGGCGCACACAGCUACACUCACACAGGGAGACAAUUGCGCUUUUAGCACCAAUUGAAAGUGAAUUGCAAGUGAAAAUAGACGCAAAGUGGAACGAUUUCAGCAAAUUGUUGCACACGAAAAUAACAAAACAGCUGUGCGACUUUUUUUUUGUCUGUGUUUCAUUGUUGUUGUCUGCGCCGCGUGGGGCAGCAGAAGGAGUGGGAGUGAGAGAUAACUGCAUCUAAGUGCGAGUGAGAAGGAGCAGAGCAGGAGAGCGACAUCAUCAUCAUGACCGACCUUAACGAGUUAAUGGGAUCGCCUUUUGUGCGUGUGAAGCUUGUGGCCUUUGUGCACUUCUUCUUCAUCUCGAAUGCCAUGCUGGGCAGUUGGGGCCACGGGGCGUAUGAGUUCUACAACUUUCUAUUCCUGAUCUCCAUGUUCUGGUCGAUGCACAGCAAGGACUCCAUCGAGGCGAUCCAAACGGCGCUCGUCAUCAACGCUUCUAGCAUUUUUUUUGAUAUAGUCAGCAUUUCUCUUCAUUUCGGUAUUAUGAAUGGCUGGGCCGUGGCGUUUAGCAUCAUCAAUCUGAUACUGCGACCGGUGAGCGUGGCGCUGCUCUACAAGGAGUUCAACACGAGGGGCGGCACAUUGCCGACGGGAUCGGUCUUCCCAACCAGCCAGCAGCGGAGCUACCAGGACAUCGACCGGCCCACACAGCCGACACCGACCAACUCGCAGCCCGGACCGAAUGUGGCCAGCAUCUUCUAGGCUCCACGAGGCUCAUCUAGGCCACGAGAACCCUUCCAAGUACCUAGACACACACCAGACACACCACUUCGACGAUAAUGCAGCGAAAGACAGCGGAACAGCAAAGACAACCCAUUUGUAGUAGAAGGAGAGACUUGACUAGUCAGUGUCGUUGCCGAUAAUAACAUGCAAAUUUCUCGUGAAUGCGUAUCAAAAUUUUAUAUAUAUAAAUGAAGUGUGUUUUUUUUUUUUUGAGCGUUGUUUUGUUAGUGCAAUAUUAUGAGAGAGACAACGAUUAAGGUUAAGCAUUGUAGUUAAAUAUGACAUCGGGAUUUCAAAAUGAAAAGUGUGUGCGUGUUUUCCUUGUCCCAUAUACACACACCCCCCUUUUUUUUUUUGUGUACGUUGUUAACGAAUAAAGACGGCUAAUCAAACCAUUAAA